AUGUUCAGAAUACGUUUAAAGAGGCUGCUUACAUUAAGAUUUUUGUUAUUGUUAUCGAUAUUUUAUGCAAUUUAUCGAGUCUCUACGAGCCGUCGUGAAGCAGGGUCUACCAUUGAUAAUACUGAAUUAUCAUUAAGAAAUUAUAGAGAUUCGACGGACCAUUCGCCCUUUAAGAUCAUUGCUGAAAAAAGAGAUGAAAUACUAAAAACUGGAGUUUGGUCAUCUAUUAAGAGGAAGGUUUCCUUAGGUGUCCCUGGUCCAUCUAUUUUCAAAGAUGAAGAUCGUUUUAUUAUGAAUUGGAGAAAACAAAACUCACAAUCAGACAGACUAAAGAAAUGUCAAUUUAUCAUAUCGUCCAUGUACUUUAAACAAUCGAGAUGGAGUAAUCGAGAUACUUUGAAAUUUUACUCUAACGAUGAGUUGGACAAUUCAUUGAUUGAAUUGUUAGGUGAGAGAAUGCGAACUUAUGACUAUUGCUUUUUGAAAGGGAAUUUAAGUUUGACAGACGUUUUCGAUUCUAGUGUUUUCAAAGAUAAGGGAAUUGAUGCUUGGGACUACCAAUCUAGAAUGUUUCCAUUCCUAAGUAAAGAUUUUAAUAAGGAAUCUAAAUACAUGUGGCCAGAUAUUAUUGAUCUGACAACUGGUUUAAAAUCCAAUAAACUAAAUGAUGUAGGAUCUGGAAACACCAAUACACCCCCUCUUGAGUUCAAUAUAAAUUUUUGGGCUAAUUGGUUGAAACAUUCAGAAGGGAAGGGUAUUGUUUCUACAAUGGCACCAUCAGAUGCAGCCACAUUUUCAAGACAACUUAAAGUUUUUCAGAAUUUGAAUAACACAUUGCCAAUCCAGGUAGUUUCAACGGGACAUGAUCUUACACCUGAAUUUAUUGAUGAACUGGCAAAUGCAGCAACACUAGCAAACCAACAAGUGUUUAUUGUUGAUUGUUCAAAGUUUUUUGAUUCAGAAUUCACUGAAAAUUAUAUCAAAAACUUUUUUAAUAAAUGGGUGGCGGUUAUUAUGAAUACUUUUGAAGAAUCAAUGUUUAUUGAUGUCGAUGCUGUACUAUUUAAGAAUACUACAUCUUUUUUUAAUAUUCCUGAUUACCAGGCUACCGGAAUAUAUAUGUACCAAGAUAGAACAAUGCCAGAAGAGCAUACAUUUCAGUAUUGUAUUGAGAUGUUGAAACACAUGACUCCCUCUAAGCAAGAAAGAGAUUUAUUGGGAUCCCAUCUUUUCAUUGACGACCUGCAUACAGGAAGUAUAGUUUCGACAGAGGCGAUAGUGUAUCAGAACUUUUUUAAUGAUCUACGACUUCAUCAUGUUGACAGCGGGUUGGUUAUAAUAAACAAGGUUAAAAAACUGAAUGGACUAUUGAUGUCCUUCCUUCUUCAUCUAGAUGGGAAAAUGCAAAGAUGCGUUUAUGGCGAUAAAGAAAUAUUCUGGCUAGGAGAGCUAUUUGCCGGCGAAGAUUACACAAUCGAUCCAUUCGAGGGAGGUAUAGUUGGGGGUGUUGGGGAGUAUACAGAAGAGCAAAUAUCGGUCAAAAAAGCCUACAUAUGUGCAACUCAGAUUGCACAUAGUAAUGUAGAAGACCAAUUGGUUUGGACAAACGGUGGGUUGAAGACUUGUAAGAUCUUUAAUGCUGCAGAAGAUGAUUUUGCUAAGGACGAGUCGUACUAUUCUGGGAGGUAUAAAACAGUUGAUAACUUAGAAGAAAUAUAUAAUUCCCCACUUGUCAUUGAAGGAUUUAUAUCUCCAGACCCAUUCCUCAGCCCGUGGAAGCAAAUUAACGAAUGCAGUAACUAUAUGUAUUGUGCAUUUGUUACGGAGGACACUUCGAUUGCGGAUAUCACUAAUGGGAAGAUUAUUAGGUUUAAUGAGAAAGACAAAACACUUUACAAUUCUAUAUCACGCAUAUGGAAUGAGUAG